AUGGCACCGGAUUUUUCACUUCUUCUCGCCAGCCCUUUACUUGCACACUGCCAGCCCGCGUGCAAGUGGACUUUGCUUCUGCUUCUCACCGGAUUUACUACCUCUGCCUUCGGUUCGUAUACUGUGCCAUCAUGUAAAAGUGGCAAAAAUUUUGGCAAAGGGGCUAUUCGACGACUCCAAAGGGGUGAACACCAGAAGCGAACGAUCGAACCACUCCCGCACUUAGCUAGCUACGGGAGCGCUUAUCCGGGUUUCCAAAUGCCUUCUCCUUCUACAAACGACUACCACGUUAACCGGGAGUUCCGUAUAGGCGCCGCUAGUAGCAAUCCUGCCGCAAUAGCGCCUGCGACCCCGCGGAUGAUGGGGAAACAGAGCAACAGCAGCGAGUCUAGCAGCGUGAAUGGCGGGCUCAUGCCCGCGGUAGACGUGGCGACAACUAUUUCCACACAUACCUCCGCUGCACAGGGAGCGGCACACUCACAGCCCGUGCCUCAUCCAACUCCGGCGGCGACUCCCGCCAAACAGUUUCACCGCAAGUCGCUUGGGGAUUGGGACUUUCUUGAGACAGUGGGAGCUGGCUCAAUGGGCAAGGUCAAACUCGCCAAGCAUCGCCUCACACACGAGGUCUGUGCAAUUAAAAUCGUUAACCGCGCAACUAAAGCGCUCAUUCACAAGGAGUCGCAACAGCCACCCCCUCGGACUCAGGAAGAAGUACUGGAAAGAGAACGCAAACUUGAGAAAGAAAUAUCGCGUGAUAAGCGCACAAUCCGUGAAUCGUCGCUUGGUCAAAUUCUCUAUCACCCCCACAUCUGUCGCCUCUUUGAGAUGUGCACCAUGAGCAAUCACUUCUACAUGCUUUUCGAGUACGUCUCAGGUGGGCAGCUGCUCGACUAUAUUAUUCAACAUGGGUCGCUGCGCGAGCGCAGUGCCCGUAAGUUCGCGCGUGGCAUUGCCAGUGCCCUCCAGUACUUACAUCUCAACAACAUAGUGCAUCGAGACCUCAAAAUCGAAAAUAUUAUGAUCUCCACCUCGGGUGAGAUCAAAAUUAUUGAUUUCGGCUUGUCCAACAUGUUUAAUCCGAAAAAGCAGCUCCAUACUUUCUGCGGGUCUCUAUAUUUCGCUGCCCCUGAACUUCUCAAAGCAUGCCCUUACACAGGCCCUGAGGUCGACGUAUGGUCUUUUGGCGUGGUUCUCUAUGUUUUAGUUUGCGGGAAAGUUCCUUUCGAUGAUGAAAAUUCCAGUGUUUUGCAUGAAAAGAUAAAACAAGGUAAAGUUGAAUAUCCACAACACCUUUCUAUAGAGGUGAUAUCGCUCCUAUCAAAAAUGCUUGUGGUUGACCCUUCAAAGAGAGCAACUUUGAAGCAGGUGGUCAACCAUCAGUGGAUGCAGCGUGGUUACGAUUUCCCAGCUCCAUCAUAUAUUCCUCACCGCGUGCCUCUAACGGCUGAUGCACUUGAUCCAACUGUGAUACAAGAGAUGUACCGACUCGAAUUUGUUGACAAUACCUCGGAGGCAGCUGCGUGGCUGACUAAAAUAGUCACAAGCACCGACUAUCAGUUACUUGCUAAACAGUUUUGGGCCAAUGUUUCCAAAGGCGGUGCUUACGAAGAUCCUACCCGCGCGUUUCAUCCCCUUAUUUCCAUUUACUAUUUGGUUGAAGAAACUUUGAAGCGUAAACUUGCAAAACAGCAAAAAAGAGCUGCUAUAUUGGCAGCAAACCAGACUCCUCAAGCUCUUGAUGUACCACUUCCCGCAAGUCAGCCUCCAGCGGCCAUGGCAGGCGUACUGGCCACACCUGUUAUUCCUGGAGCUCCUGCUGCGGUUAACUCACCAAUGAAGAAGAACAUCAUAAACGAAAGACCACCAACAAUGAGCCCUUCGGCCGCACUUUCUCCAGUAAAGCCUAAACCUACUAUAUUAAUCCCACCGAAAUUGGCGAUUCCAGAGCAAGCCCACACUUCUCCAACAACCCGAAAAUCCAAUGAACUAGCAUUACCACCUACAGCAGAUUUAGAUGUGGUUCUAUCCCCAACACCCCAAUCGCGUGAUUAUGAUCAAGCUACGGCUGCGCUUCAAGGAAGAUCAGGUUCUCCUGGCGCUCCAUCUGCUCCCUCAACAUCCGAGAAAUCUAAAUUCGGCACCAUUUUCAGGCGCUUUUCUCAGAAACGUCACAAUCAGCAGUCGCAACAGAUUCCACCACCAGAUGCAAACACCGGUGUAAAGAAAACUCACGCAAGGACAGUAUCCGAAUAUGUACCGCCCUCAAGAAUGACAAGUUACGGCAGUGCGCCUAUGCCUAAAGUCAUUCCUCCUGCUAAGCAACAAUCAGACUUGCCAGCUCUUCCAGCUGAUGCAGCUGAUAUGGUCAAAAAUCAACAGCAACAAGUUCAGCAAAACGUUGAAAGGCUUACCAUCGCCGACGAGGACAAGCCGCUUCCCACUCUCGCCGUUCCAAAAGGCAGGAAAAUGCAUCCUUCUGCAAGGGCUAAGUCUGUGGGCCAUGCUCGUCGUGAGUCACUCAAGUUUAUGAGGCCUCCAGCAACUGGUAAUAUGGAUCAACAAGUGCUCAAUGGCAACGACGAUGGAUUUUUGGAGAAUAGCGAUGACGGCAAGUCCGACGACGUGGCUAACACUGACACUAUUAUUACAACAGAUGACCGGGAGCUUUCAGACCAGGAAAUCAUCAACUUGGCGUCAAAAGCACCUGUCGGCUCUAUGCCAUCCAUUGAUUACCCUCGCUCUUUGUUUUUGAAGGGCUUUUUCUCCGUGCAAACUACCUCUUCUAAGCCUCUCCCUAUUGUUAGGUACAAGAUUAUUUCUGUGUUGAAAAAGAUGAACAUUGAGUUCAAAGAAGUCAAGGGCGGUUUCGUGUGCUAUCAUAAGCAGUCAUAUAUUCCUCCCACGACUCAACAACCUCAGCAGCCUGUCAUAGUGUUGAGCGACGCCUCAUCAAUGGGUAGUGGAAAUAGUGGUGCUAGUGCUCAUAAGAGAAAUCAAACUAUUCCACUGCAGCAGGGAAUGCAUUCACGCCACAAUUCCAUUCGGCGCAAUCCAUCCAUGGGUAAACAGCAGUGCCAACAGCCCGGCAUCACCGCUACGCCGUUGGCCGCCAAUACGCAUGAAAGAAAUCUUUCGGUUACUUCACCAAACCCCAGAAAUAGCAGCAUACCCGAAAUUUCGAGCGCGUCUUUGGAGUCUUGGGACCAAGAUGACAUUUUAACUACGUCGAAGGCUCACAACCUAAACAACGCGGACAACGCGUUUGACAAUUCCUCUGAGGCUAAGGAAAGACCGCCACUAAAGUUCGAGAUUCACAUCGUCAAGGUGCGCAUUGUGGGAUUGGCCGGUAUCCAUUUCAAGAAAGUUUCUGGAAACACUUGGAUGUACAAAGAACUGGCAUCUCAUAUACUAAAGGAAUUGAACUUAUAA